UUUGGUGAUACACACAGGUUCGGCAGGGUUCAAAUCGUUGCAAACCUAUGGAUCUGGAUGGUUUAGCAUGAAGAUUAAGAUGCCCCAGAAAGAUUCCACCGGAGUUAUCACCACCUUUUAUGUGGUUCGUGGACGGCAAGCCUUUUAGGGUGUUCGAGAAUAAGGGAGGAAGUUUCCCAAGACAGGCAGUGAGCAUCAUCGGGACAAUAUGGAAUGGGACGUGGGCAUCAAAUGGGGCUCCCGUGAAUUGGAACGACGGACCCUUUGUGGCUUCCUACAGAGGAUUUGGGGUCACCGCAUGCCCAACACACAGCAUCGACGAUCCACAGUGCAAAGAUUCUUCAAACUAUUGGUGGAACGCGCCCAAGUAUGCGAGUCUUGACCCUCUUCAGAAGAAACUCUACCACGAAGUCAGAAGCAAGUAUAUGGUCUAUGAUUAUUGUGCUCACAAUCCCAUCCCUGAGUGCCAUGGUGGGGACCUUUAGUAAACGACUCAUGAGUUUCCCUGUCAUAAUGAUCGUCCGUACGAUUAUUGAACCAUCCAUCUCUCAGAUUUGUUGCAUGUUCCAUCAACUUACUCGCCAUUAAUUUGGAAUUGUGAACUAUUGGUCUAU